UAUUAACAUUUCCCACCACAUAUAAUUUGCUGAUUCGCUUCUGAAAUAUUAAAUAGCACCAUAUAUUAAUCAAUAGAGAGGACUCAUACUUUAUUGGAAUCUCAGAAAAAAAAAUAAUCAAAAAGCAGAUCCGCAAUCAAUGAGUAGUACCGGUUCUUCAACUUCGCCGUCAGGUGAACCAUUUCCAGAGCAUCCACAGCAAGUACAAGAAGAUUCACAACUAUGGACAUCUACUAAGAACUCAUGGGUUUAUAGAUUCUAUGAAAAUGUGAUUCUUCCCAACGUGGGAUGUUCUCUUUUGGUACUAUCGCAAUUUUUCAAUUCCAUUAUGGUCACUACUUGUAAGUUACUCGUUACCGAUAAGGAAUUUACUACCCCGAUCCACCCUCUUCAAAUCUUAUUUGUACGUAUGAUCAUCACAUAUGCAUGUUGUUUGAUCUAUAUGUAUACCACCAAGUCUGUUCCAGACUAUCCGUUUGGGCCUAAAGAAAUUAGAAAAUUACUUGUAUUACGGGGCAUUGUUGGAUUUUUUGGAGUUUUCGGACUUUACUUUUCCUUACAAUAUCUUUCACUUUCAGAUGCAGUUGCAAUAACUUUCUUAAUUCCAAUGGUUACAGCCUUUUUAGCGUGGGUUGUAAUUCAUGAACAUUAUACCUUAAUCGAAGCAGUUUGUGGAUUGAUCUCCUUAGGAGGUGUGGUUCUUAUUGCCAAGCCACAUUUUAUAUUUGGAUCAACUUCCGAUUCAGAAACUUCCAUUGAUGAAAAUAUCGAGUCACUGUCAACCGAAAAGAGGUUAUUAGCAACGGCUGUUGGACUUAUGGGUGUAUGUGGUGCUUCUUCAGUAUUUAUUAUCUUACGUAAAAUUGGGAAACGUGCUCAUCCACUUCUUUCUGUGAGUUAUUUUGCUGCAAUUUGCGUAGUAUUGACAUUUACUCUACUUUUAAUAAUCCCAUCAUUAAGCUUUGCUAUCCCUCAAAAUGGUCAUCAAUGGUUUUUAUUCUUUUUAAUUGGAAUUUCAGGAUUCUUAAUGCAAUUUUCAUUAACAGCUGGAGUUCAACGUGAAAAGGCUGGAAGAGCUGCAUUGAUGACUUACUCAAAUAUGAUUUUCGCCAUCAUUUGGGACUUGGUAAUUUGGGGCCAUUUACCCGGUAUUCUUAGUUUCUUGGGGAUAUUCCUUAUCAUUGGUAUGGCAGGAGUUAUGAUUGUAUACAAACCAAAGGAAGCAAUGCCUCCUACUGAUAUCGAGAAUGGAGCGUCUUCUGCGGAAUAUAAGGAGUUAGGGACUCCUGGCUCCGAUGAUAUUUCGUUGGACAAUUUUAUUAUCUCUGAUGAGGAGGAAGAGGAACUGAGUGACCAAGUUGAUAAUAAGGCAACUCAACACAACACUUGAGGACUUCUCAAUAU